AUGGUGAAAGGCCGGCAGUCCAUGCAGGACAAGCUGCUGGAGGUCGUGGGAGUCGAUGGCGCAUUGCAGCUGGGCGCUAGCCAGGUUGGCCUCUACACGGCCACGCAGCUGGCACAGGCAUCUUCGGUGAAGAUCAUCAACAAGGUGACACUGCCCAUGGAGGUGGACGGCGAGCCCAGCUGGUUGACAAAGGACGGCGUGAUCGAGAUCACGCACAAGAGCCAGGCCUACGUCCUGGCCCGCUGCAAGAAGCGAAGUUCCCACGCGGUGGCCACCAAUGUGAUCGACUGGGCAGCGCAAAAGAACAUCAUCACCGCAGAGCAGAGGAACCUCAUCCAGCAUGAGAUCGCCCAUAGGGCCGGUGACCUCGACCCAGCCAGAAAGACUGGCUCCUGGGCUCGAUUGCACACUGGCGAUGACUGUGAGAAAAAGGACACGGUAUCAAUCGAGGAAGCCAUCUCCACCAUGUCCGCGCGCUACCGCUCUGGUCGUGACCUAAAGUCGGGGCUGGAGGGCUUGACACGGCGAUCACAAAGAAGAUGGAUCGAGGCCGAAGGGGACUACUGCGAUGAUGUCACGGUCAUUUUCCUUGCACCGGCCAAGUCAUGA